AUGUGGAGUUAUUUCAUAAUUUCCCAAACUCUCCUCACCCUAGUUCUCAAAGAAGGAUGGUCUGCUCAUUACAUUUGGAAGUCUCUUGAAGAAGUGUUCCAUGAUAAGAAAGAAGCAUGCACUAUUGAACUUGAAAACGAGCUUUUCUCCAUGACCCUUGGUAAUCGUACCAUCACCUAUUUCUAUGCUAAGAUGACUGCCAGCAUCGAUAUUAUGGCUAACAUUAGUGUGUUGGUUCCCAAGAGAACCCUUGUCACCCAUCUUCUCAAUGCUCUUACCCCUAGAUUUGACAACAUUGCAAAUCUUAUCCAACAUUGGUCCCCAUUUCCAUUGUUUCUAUAUACCCGUUCCAUUCUCAAUUUGGAGGAGUCUCGGCUCAACCAUGAUCGCCCCUCCCAUACGGUCCACUCCGAUUAUGCCUCCUCCCUAAUAAUCCUCAAUACUAGCUCCAUUAUUGCAACUCGGGAUAACCGGCCUACCCGCUCUAGCAACAACUGCGUAACCGGCCCUGUGACAAUCACCACCAAGCACCGGAUCAACGUCUCCUUACUCCUACUAAAGUCGGUUUCUAUCCAUCACCGCCUUCAUGGAAGCCUCCUCGCCUUCGUGGUGGCUUAUAUCAUCAGUGACAACAACAAAACCGACUCUAGUCGGGCCGGAUUCUCCUUGGCAGCGCCCCAAAACAACCCUCACGGCAGGUCGUUCAAGCCCAACUAUCCGCUACCACAACUUCUACUUUACAAACGCGUAUUCAUGCCCCGUCGAAACGGAUUCCCCCGGUUACUCAUGAUCAAGCUACAUAUUUAA